GGCGCCCUUCCACCAUGGCACCCUUCAAGAGCAGGCUGCUGCUCCUUGUGCUCGGCGCCGUCGCCGCUGCCCGACCCGACGUGCGCCAGGUAUCCGACUCUGACGUUGGAUCGGCCGCUUCGAGCGCGGCGAGCUCAUCACCACUGUCAUCGGCCUUGUCGAGCAUUGCGAGCUCGGUGGAAGCUACAUCCACUGGGGCUACCUUUGCGAGCUCGGCCGCGCCCUCGUCCCUCCCAUCAAGCGUGGAGGGAAGUACGAUCGCCUCGUCGACCAGUGCGGUCUCGUCCUCCGUCACUUCUGCGGCCUCGGCCUCGAUCACGUCUUCAGCCACCGCAUCCAACUCCUCGGAGUCAGCUACAUCCUCCAGCGCCGAGGAGUCGUCCGCAUCCUCUGCGCCACCGACCACGGUUUCGCACACCAUCCCCCUGUCCUCGUACUCCUUCUCCGCCUUCCCCGCGCCGACAUACGCGCCAGUCCCCGGCGUCUUCCCAGAGACGGACCCAUCGUCCCCACCGGGCCCAUAUGACCAGGACAUUAUCCCCGAUUUCUCGGCCGCUUGGCUGGAAGCAUGGGACAAGGCACAGCAGAAGAUCGCCGGGUAUACACUCGAGCAGAAGAUCAACAUCAGCACGGGCGUCGGCUGGGAGGACGGGCGAUGUGUCGGCAACAUUGGUGCUAUCAACGCGUCGGACGGCUCAGUUGACUUCCCGGGGCUCUGCCUCGAGGACUCCCCCCUCGGCGUCCGCUUCGCUGACUUCGUCACCGCGUUCCCCACCGCCAUUAACGCCGCCGCGACCUGGAACCGCGGCCUCAUCCGCCUCCGCGGGCUGUUCAUGGGCCAGGAGCACGUCGCGAAGGGCGUGAACGUGCAGCUGGGCCCCAUGAUGAACAUCGGGCGCGUCGCGCAGGGCGGCAGAAACUGGGAGGGCUUCGGCGCGGACCCCUACCUGGCGGGCGAGGCCGCGUACGAGACGAUUUUGGGGAUGCAGGAGGCCGGGGUGCAGGCGUGUGCGAAGCAUUUGAUCAACAAUGAGCAAGAGCACAAGCGCACGACUGAGAGCUCAGACGUCGAUGAUCGGACGGAGCACGAGAUCUAUGCACAUCCUUUCCUCCGGAGUAUCAUGGCUGGUGUGGCGAGCAUCAUGUGCAGCUACAAUGCGAUUAACGGCACCUACGCUUGCGAGAACGACAAGAUCCUGAACGAUGUUGUCAAGCGCGAGUAUGGCUUCCAAGGCUAUAUCAUGUCCGACUGGGGCGCUACCAUGUCUGCUAUCUCGCCCAUUGCUGGCCUGGACAUGACCAUGCCGGGUGACGCGCAGCUCGGUGGUAUUGGCUGGUAUGAGACUUUGCUCGAGUACGUCCACAACGGUACGAUUCCCGAGUCGAGGAUCGAUGACAUGGCUACUCGCAUCCUAGCCGGCUGGUACUUGUUGAAGCAGGACGACCCGUCCUUCCCGACCGCCAAUUUCGACGCUUUCCUGCCAGAAAACCAGGCCACCAACGACCACGUCGACGCGCAGGACGAGGAGCACACCAGCCUCGUUCGCAACAUGGGCGCCGCCUCCAUCGUCCUCCUCAAGAACGAGCGCGACGCACUGCCCCUCCACAAGCCCCGCGCGCUCCUCCUCGCCGGCAGCGACGCCGGCCCCGGCCGCGCGGGCCCGAACCAGUUCGCCGACCAGGGCGGCUCCGACGGCGUGCUCGCCAUGGGCUGGGGCUCCGGCACGGCGAACUUCACGUACCUGGUCACCCCGCUGGAGGCGAUCCAAAGGCGCGCGCGCAAGGACCGGACGAGCGUGUCGUGGCUGCUGGAUGACUUCGAUCUGCCGCUGGCGGGGAACAUGGCGAAGCGGGUGGAGACGAUGGCCCCCGGGCGGAAUGCGGCGAUUGUGUUUGUGAACUCGGAUAGUGGGGAGCAGUAUAUCACGGUGGAUGGGAAUGAGGGGGAUAGGAAGAACCUGACGGCCUGGCAUGGCGGGGAUGAUCUUAUCCUCGCUGUUGCGGCGCAGAACAACAACACCAUCGUCGUUGUGCACAGUGUCGGGCCGCUCAUUCUCGAGCCCUGGAUCGACCACGAGAACGUAACUGCUGUCCUUUGGGCGGGCGUUCCGGGCAACGAGGCGGGCAACUCGCUCGCCGACGUGCUUUACGGCCGCUGGAACCCGUCUGGUCGGCUGCCGUACACGAUCGCGAAGUCGUUGGAGGACUAUGGGACUGGCCUUAUCCUCGGUGGCACCAAUGAGGACUUUUUGAACAUUCCGUACACGGAGGGCCUCUUCGUCGACUACCGCCGCUUCGACUACUUCAACAUCACCCCGCGCUUCGAGUUCGGCUUCGGGCUGUCCUACACGGACUUUGAGUACUCGAACCUCGUCAUCUCCGCGGUCGACGCGCCGGACGGGACGGACCAGGACCUGGCGGACGCGUGGGCAACAGGCGUAGCGUCACCGAUUGCGGAGGGCUCGUCGACGGCGCUGUGGUUGCACCGCCCGGCGUUCACGGUCGAGUUUGAUGUGACGAAUAGUGGGGAUUUGUUCGGUGGGGAGAUCCCGCAGCUGUAUGUGAACCCGCCCGAUGGGUCGGGCGAGCCGCCGUCUGUGCUGAAGGGCUUCACGAAUGUGGAGGCGCUGCCGGGCGAGACGAAGCAUGUGUCGUUGCCGUUGUCGAGGUAUGAUCUCUCCAUCUGGGACGUCGUUCAGCAAGGAUGGGCAAAGCCGAACGGGACGAUUGGCAUCACUGUCGGUGCUAGCAGCCGCGACGGGAGGUUGAGUGCGGAGGUGCCGCUGUGAGGUGGUGGACUUUCGCAAAACGGACGAGCUUAGGACGAUGGUGAACUUUUGAAAAGGGACGACCGAUCGUGUCCCCCACCAGACAUUGACCAGACCUGUGCAAGUUGUCGCUCAUUGUGUCCACCGACGAACGCUUCUUGCGAGCUCACUUGACGCUGCUUGCAAGUUCGCCUAACGCUGCUUGCGAACCUACCUGACGAUCUUACGACCAUGAACUUGAAGUAUUGUAUCUAGUGCGAACGAUUUACCUACGCGUAAUCUAGCAGUGUUCUUGAUGAGGGUAGGAGCGAGCCGGGGUUGGGGGAGGUGCUUUCGAGUGCUCAUAUGUAACUUCCCGCCUUCAAAUGGUCUUCAGAUACCUCAGCACUCUGUCAGUUUGGUCUGUCCAAAAAGUGUCCAGUAUCGCAGUCAUCACGAAAACCUCUCGCGGGCUCACA